AUGCUGGAGGGACACAACGCUGCGCGCGCAGAGCUGGGCCUCCCCGGGCUGGGCUGGGACGCGAAUCUGGCGGCCUCCGCGCAGGCAUGGGCGGACAACCUGGCUUCGCGUGGAUGUCCCAUGGAGCACGGGGGACACGAUAACAUGGGGCAGAACUUAUACUGGAAGAGGCCUGCUGCUUUUAACGCGGAUGAGGACCGUGGUGCAGUGAAAAGCUGGGUGGAUGAGAAGCAGUAUUGGACUGUUAAAGCCAUACGGAUGCUCAAUGUCAUCAUCCUCCCUACCACUCUCCUCCUCUUCCUCCGAUGCCUCCUCCUCUUUCCACCACCGCAUCGUCUCCCUCCCCCUCCUCCUCUUCCACAUCCCCUCCCACUCCUGCUGAUCCCCUUUCUCACCCUCUUCCUCGUCCGCAUCCCCUCCCUCCCUUUCUUCCCCUUCCGAAUCCCAUUCCCCCCUUUCUUCCCCUUCCGAAUCCCAUCCCCCCCUUUCUUCCACUUCCGAAUCCCAUUCCCCCCUUCCCCUUCCGAAUCCCAUCCCCCCCUUUCUUCCCCUUCCGAAUCCCAUCCCCCCCUUUCUUCCCCUUCCGAAUCCCAUCCCCCCCUUUCUUCCACUUCCGAAUCCCAUCCUCCCCCUUCUUCCCCUUCCGAAUCCCCUCCCUCCCCCUCCUCCUCCACCUCCUCCCCCUCUCUCUUCUCCCAAUCCACCCCAACCCUAUAA